AUGUACAGCUGUAGUGCCAAGUGCUGUGAGAACAGGAGUGCAAGUUUAGAUGAGGUUCAGAGGUGCAUUGAUAAUUGCUCAACUGCUGUAAACAGAGCUCAGACUUACCUUCAGAAUGAAAUUGAAUUGUUUCAGAAUCGACUUCAGCGAUGUGCUAUGAGUUGCCAAGACAAUGUGCGCGAUGCCCUGCCUGUUAAACCUACAGAUAAAGAUGUUGCGAAUGGCCGUGCAAAUCUGGAGAAAUGUGUCAUUGAGUGUGCCAAGACACAUGUUGAACUUGUUCCAGGACUUACCAAGAAAAUAUUGGACACUUUGAACAGCAAAAAUUAUUAA